GUCAGGAACCUGACGAACGGCAGCACGAUCAUGAACAUCCGCCGGCUGCCCGGUUUCAUGUAUCACUACAAGCUCGUGACGGUCCUGGUGUUCAGCCUGUUUUUCGUCAUUUAUCUACUUCUACAUUGGGGCAUAAUGUGCACUAAUCUUGAGGCCUGGCGUCACGUAUCCACCGUGUGCAGUCAACACCGAGAUGGUACUGCGAUGGGAAUUCUUUGCGAACCACUGUGCACCGAAAAGAGGAUACACUCACUAGCAUGCGAGACGCUCCAUGCUGGCAAGGAGACAGUUUUCUCUGCGCAUUGGGAAGCGACGCGGCUUGUAUUCAAGGCUUCAAAGACUAAAGUAUCCUCAGAGCAAUUUGAGUCGCUGUACUGGGUAGACGCAACCGAUUCCCGGCACUUCCCGUCCGAAGAGGAGUUUAUCACCAUGAUCAAGGACUUGGUUAUCAAUAAAUUAAAUGUAACUCUCUCGCAACAUCAGCUGGAAAGACUCGCCCGGUUGCGCACCCAUCGAGUCGAAACAGACACCGUAAGACGUCAGAUGGAGAUGGAGAAUCUCUGGCCGUUGCUGCAAGAAAAUGAAUAUCUAAUGGCGAUUUUGUACGAAGACAGGGAUGUGUUUCCGCAGCCAAUCGGCACGUGCGGCACGUUUUAUGCGGUCGAGUACGUCCGACCGAUCGAGACACCCACAACGGUGUUGGCUUUGUCAGAUUCUAAACCCGAAUGGGCAAAAAGGCUCAAGCUCGCCGUAAUGAUUCUUAAUUUACUCGAGGAGUUAGAGACAAGCUUUACCGAGCCGCUUCAUCUUUGCGACGUAAAAAUUAAUCAUUUUGGUUUACCUCUGGGCGGGCAAAAAUUAAAAUUCUUAGAUCUGGACGCAGUUUUUCCUAAGACCAUUGUUGAUCGUAUAAUCAGUGAUGGUAAAAGCUGCGAGAAACACGAGGACUGCGAUUACUUCGAUUGCCGGUCAGUUUGCUCAAAAAACAAACGUUGCGAAUCUCCGGUUCUCAAUAAUAAUUUGCAGAUUAUUUGCGAGAAAAUUUUUCUCGGUUGGGCGUACUCAGGGACAAUAAUUAUUCCUGGCUUGCUCGUUUCGGAACAUACUACUAGCACAUUGGCGGUAUUAUUGAGACAAUGCGCUAAUCCAGCCGGCGACAUGAUGCAUUCACCACGAGCGGCAACACCAGACAGCUUACAGAAACGAUUGUAUAACAUGUUGAGUGAGAUGGAACAAGAGUAUUCAACAUUUGCGUGAGAAAAAUCUACGUUAAAGAAAAAAAUUAUUUUAAAUCACAAAAUCAAAUAUCAUAUUUUCAAUGAUAAAAACGCGAUAAAUUUACAACUAAAAAAUUUUUUUUAGAUUAUUGAAAAACCAUUAGAUGUUAUUUAUUUAAAGUUAGAAAUCAAUACGUACAAUCGCAUACUUUUACUUUACUAAAUAUGUAAUAUAAAUAUAAAUAUACAUAACAAUUAUUAAAACACAUAUUACACAUUGUAUAGAUAACAAAUGUACACUUUUAUUUUAUACAGUUAAAAAUCUGAUAGAUGCAAAUAACGCCAAAAAACUAAAAAUUAUUUUAUAUUUAUUAAAUAUUUAUAGUAAAUUAUAUUUACGGUAGUUGCAUAAACACAAUAUAAUAAAUAACAAAUUUAUUAGAUUCGCAAUUGCAUGAUUGAGUUUACAACAUUAAUAUUGAAAACUCGAAGAACCUCUAUUCACAUAACAAUUCCGCGAACUUACGAUUGCGCUUAAUUAGGAGAUAAAGAAUGAUUAGUUCCUAUAUAGAGAUUUCUUGCAUAUAGAUAAAUAAAUCGAGGAAUAAUGUAUUAAUAUACGUUAUAAUAUUAUUUGUAUAACUAUAACGUAUUAUUUGUUAUCUGUGUUUUAACAUAUAUUAUUACAUAUAUUUUUACGAGAUUCUAUUAUAUGUUUCGUGAUCUCAUAUGACAUAUAUGAAUAUGUCAUAUUAUUUUAUAUUACAUUUUUGCUGUAAAUUUAUGCAAGAUUUAUUAUAUUUAGGUUGUUAUUAUCAAUUGAAAAUACAAAUGUAGAAAAUCGUAAAGUUUAUUUAGUAAUGUUGUCCUUGUUGUUUUUUCGGUUUGUUGACUUUUGCGAUUCGUAUAAAAUUUAAAAAUUUUUAAAUAAAAUUUUUUUUUUCUUAUAUAUAGCUCGUGUGUCGAUUGCAUACACUAUAGUAUCAUAAAUGCCUUAUAAUAGAAAGUUAAUUACCUCAAUUGUGUGAAUGUUGAGAGAUUGUAUGUUAUAUUUAAAUUUGUAUGCAUCACAUAAUAAGAGAAAAGAAAGAAUGUGUGUCGUGUGUGUCGGCAAUUAUAGUAUUGUUAAAUCUAAUGUAGAUAUAAAAGAAUUUACAAAUAAAAUUUUUAAAAUUGCAACAAUAUUUCAAGCA